UUCCGGGGAGCGCGCGUGUCACGGGCGAACGCGGCGGGGCGGGAGCGCGCACCGGCAGGAGGGCGGAGCGGCUGUGAGGGGAGGCUGGAGACCGGCUGCUGGGAGGGUAGAGCGGGCCGGGUCGCACGCGCCACCUGCGGGGCUGGCUGGCUUUCUCUUCCUGCCGACACAUCCCGGUCCCUCUCCGAAGCCCCUGGAGUUCGGGAGCGCGCGGGGUAGCGCGCACACCGACUCGCAUCCACACACACGCCAGAGCGCGCGAUCAUCACUGCUGCAGCCCGGGCAGGGCAGACGGAGCUGCUGCAGUUUCCCCAGGGUCGAGAGGAAAGCAGAGCUGUCUUGCCUGGCAGAGAGCCUGGUGCCCGCUGGAGCCCCUGGGGUAUCAAGCCCAGCAGACUGCUCCCCUCCAUCGGCUGGAAUGCUUGCGGAUUCUUCUGAAACCUUCUAAGCCUGACUCUGACGACCCAGCUUGAGGAUGCCGUCUGAACACUGCCUCAGUAUUCAAGAAAUGCUGACGGGCCAGAGGCUGUGCCACUCGGAAACUCACAAUGACACGGUCCUGGCGGCGCUGAAUCAGCAAAGAAGUGAUGGCAUUCUCUGCGACGUGACCCUGAUCGCCGAGGAACAGAAAUUCCACGCUCACAAGGCGGUCCUAGCAGCCUGCAGUGACUACUUCCGGGCAAUGUUCAGUCUUUGUAUGGUGGAAAGUGGAGCCGAUGAAGUAAAUUUACGUGGUGUGACCAGCCUGGGCUUAAAGCAGGCUCUGGAGUUCGCAUAUACAGGACAGAUUUUGUUGGAGCCAGGAGUGAUCCAGGAUGUGUUAGCAGCUGGCAGUCACCUACAGCUGUUGGAACUUCUCAAUCUGUGCUCCCACUAUCUCAUCCAGGAACUAAAUAGCUUUAAUUACUUGGAUCUGUACAGACUUGCUGACCUCUUUCACCUCACUUUGUUGGAGAAGGCAGUGAUUGACUUCCUAGUGAAGCAUCUCUCGGAGCUCCUGAAGAGCCGCCCAGAGGAUGUCCUCACGCUGCCCUACUGCCUGCUUCAGGAGGUGCUGAAGAGUGACCGCCUGACGUCCCUGAGUGAGGAGCAGAUCUGGCAGCUAGCUGUGAGGUGGCUGGAACACAAUUGCCAUUACCAGCAUCUGGACGAGCUCCUGCAGUACAUCCGCUUUGGCCUAAUGGAUGUGGAUACACUCCACACGGUUGCCCUAUCCCACCCCCUGGUGCAGGCAAGUGAGACGGCAACUGCCCUUGUCAACGAGGCCCUGGAAUACCACCAAAGCAUCUAUGCACAGCCUGUGUGGCAGACCCGCCGGACAAAACCGCGAUUCCAGUCCGAUACUCUCUAUAUUAUUGGUGGGAAGAAGCGUGAGGUCUGCAAAGUCAAGGAACUUCGUUACUUCAAUCCUGUGGACCAGGAGAAUGCCCUCAUAGCCGCCAUUGCCAACUGGAGUGAGCUGGCUCCCAUGCCGGUGGGAAGGAGCCAUCACUGUGUGGCAGUCAUGGGGGACUUCCUGUUUGUAGCAGGAGGAGAAGUGGAACAUGCCAGUGGCCGGACAUGUGCCGUGAGGACAGCCUGUCGCUAUGACCCCCGCAGUAAUUCCUGGGCAGAGAUAGCACCCAUGAAAAACUGCCGGGAACAUUUUGUGCUGGGUGCCAUGGAUGAAUACCUCUAUGCAGUAGGGGGCAGAAAUGAACUGUGCCAAGUUCUACCUACAGUUGAACGAUACUGCCCCAAGAAGAACAAAUGGACUUUUGUGCAGUCCUUUGACAGAUCCCUCUCGUGUCACGCUGGAUAUGUGGCUGAUGGUCUUCUUUGGAUAUCAGGUGGGGUGACAAACACCGCACAGUAUCAGAACAGACUGAUGGUAUAUGAACCUAACCAGAAUAAGUGGAUAAGUCGCAGCCCCAUGCUACAGAGAAGAGUCUACCACUCCAUGGCUGCUGUCCAAAGGAAGCUUUAUGUGCUUGGAGGCAAUGACCUGGAUUACAAUAAUGACCGGAUUCUCGUGCGUCAUAUAGAUUCUUACAACAUUGACACUGAUCAGUGGACGCGCUGUAAUUUCAACUUGUUGACUGGCCAGAAUGAAUCUGGAGUCGCUGUCCAUAAUGGGAGAAUAUAUUUAGUUGGUGGAUAUUCAAUUUGGACAAAUGAGCCUCUGGCUUGUAUCCAGAACUGAGAAGAUGUUUGAUUGGCAGGAGUGUCCCACAGUGCCAGGAGGCUAUGCAGGAGUGUUCCACAGUGCCAGGAGGCUAUGCAGGAGUGUUCCACAGUGCCAGGAGGCUAUGCAGGAGUGUCCCACAGUGCCAGGAGGCUAUGCUGGAGUGUCCCACAGUGCCAGGAGGCUAUGCAGGAGUGUCCCAUAGUGCCAGGAGGCUAUGCAGGAGUGUCCCACAGUGCCAGGAGGCUAUGCUGGAGUGUCCCACAGUGCCAGGAGGCUAUGCUGGAGUAUCCCACAGUGCCAGGAUGCUAUGUUGGAAGUGGCCUAGGAGGCUUCAUUGGAUUAACUUUACAGCAGAAUUAAGUUUGUGCUUUCAUUAAGUUGUAUAAGUCAGACACGAUUAUGGGUAUAUUUCUACUAACAUUAGCGUUAGAUUAGCUAUGAAUAAGAGACUAAACUAUAAGAGAAAAAUAAGAAACUCUUCUAAUGUGUUAGUUUUAAGACAGCAGAAUGAUUGAUGGUCACACUGCAAAACUUUUUCAAGUCUAUUUUUGGCAACUUAAUGUGUAAGACAGAACAGUUUUAAAACAGAACAAACACAACCACUUCAAACUUGUUCUAUCCCCAGUUUUUCCUUAGAAGGUUGAGUAACCUUGUACGCUAACCUUUUCAAUAUUUUUGAAAUGCUUUACCUGCAUAUAUGUCUGGGUACCACAGGCAUCCAGUGCCCACAGAGGCCAAAAGACAGCAUCAGAUGCCCCUGGGAUUCCAACCCGGGUCUCCUCCAAGACCAGCAAGUGCUCUUAACCACUGAGUCAUCUCUCCAGCCUGCUUGCCCACUGAUUCAGUAUUAAUAAUUCCUGGUUAUUCCCAUACAAACUUUAUUCAAGAAAUGAAUGUGUGCAUAUUUUAAACCACUAUGGACACGACAUUCAAGAGUUUCCCCUGGAUUAAGGUAACACUAAAAGAACAGAUUUUAAAUUUUAACAAGUUCUUGUGUUAGUGGAAUAAAGUUUAUCUUUAAUAUCACAUAAUAAAAUAAAUCGGUGCAUUAUCUUAAAAAAAUGCAGAUAAUUCUGUGUUUCCUUAGCCUCCUGGAAAUUCCAUCUAUUCCUGUGACUAACACACUCCUACAAAGCAUAGAAAAACUUGAGAAAAAAGUCUUCUCUUUCUUUGAUAUUUCUGUGUGUAUGUUGGGGCACAACCACUUGCCAGCCACGGUAUACAUGUGGAAGUCAUAUGACUACAUGCAGAGUUGACUCUUUCUACCCUGAGUAAACUUACUCCAUGUGGCCUGGUAGCACAAGCACUUGUACCACUAAACCAUCUCUCUGGACAUGUUUCAUUUUCCACAUGGUUAUGUAUCUGUGUGGUGUGUCUGUGUAUGAGUACAUAUGUUAACAUGUUUAUAGGUGUGUGUGUGUGUGUGGCAUGUGGAGACCUGUAGUUGCCCGCAAGUAUAUUCCUCCAUUGUACUUGACCUUACUCAUCAAGACAGGAUCUCUCACUGAUCUUGGAGUAGGUCCGGUAUUCCUACUUUAACUAGCAAGCCAGCCUGUGGGUGGAUCUUGCCACCGCCUCCCACGAGCUGGCAUUACAAUUGGUCACAGGUCUAUCUGUAUUUUACGUGGAUUCUGAGGAUCGGAACUUUGUUCUUCAUGCUUGCAGGGCAAGCUCUUUAUCCCCUGAGCCAUCUCUGUAGCCCAACAAACAUGUAUGCAUACGAGGUCUUAUGAUUAAUAGGCGUGAGCAUAUUAGCAUAUGGUUUAUCAUUUAGAGAGACAUUUGGAAACAGAAUCUUCAGGGAUAAUAGCGUUUUAGUGGUUUAACUUUUAAAUUAUGUGUAUGCAUGUUCAUGUGUGCUGUGGUAAAUAUCAUUUGGGGCUUUCUUCCCCACCUUAGAUCAUUUAGUUUCCAAAUAAAAGACACAAAACUUUUAUAGUUAUAAUAAGUCUUAAGGCACUAGAGUUGGGCAGAUAUCAACGCUUUAUGCUAUUUUCUAUUUCCCUAUCAUUAACCCUGAGAUAUCACUUGCCGUGUUCUGCCUGGGCCACUCCUACUCCAUCAGGUCGGCCCUUCUGGCCAUGAGCUCACAGUAACCCAUGGCAACUUCUUCCUUUAUUCCCUCUCUACCUCAUAGUCUCUCCUCUGACCCCAAACCCUGGGAACCUUCACUCCGGACCCUAUCUUCUGCACAGCCCAGACUGUAGGCAUCUUUAUUAACCAAUCAGUGACAACUUGGUGGGGGGUGGAGCACGGUAUACACAACAAAAGUUGGCAUGGGUGAGGAUCUGCUCAUCUUGGAGCAACCAGAUCUUGGGGUACAGAAUUUAGCAUUUGAAUACAAGCAGCACCAGACCAAGCUCCUAAAAGUAUGUGUGUGCCUUUGAACACAUCAGUUCACAGAUGUUGGAGGCACUGGAUCUGCCUGGAGCUGGAGUGAUGAAGAGUUAUGAGUCACCCAACAUGGGUGCUAGGGACUGAACUCUGGCCUUCUGCAAGAGCAUUGUACACUCUAAACCUCUGAGCUCGCUCUCCCUCUAGCCUCAACAAUAGCUUUCUGCAUCAUGAAUCUUGCAUGCCAGGUAGUGGCAACUAAUUGCUGAGCAUCUUUCCAUCUGAACUAAGGAUCAGAUGCUUCUACUCUGUUGCUGACUUCAGAUCUAGUCAUCUUCGUGGAUGAACAGUAGCAUGCCACUGGGUAGAGAGCCCAGCCCUGUGUUUAAAAGCCUGUCACAUCCCUAGCAUUAUUAGUAUCUGCCGGAGUAAUAUCCAAUCGAGAAACGAGACAGUGGAAAGUCAGAUUGGUGAAGGUGAGAAAAUGUUAGACACUAGAAGUUCCUAGAUGUAGGACAGAGUGGUCGUGAGAAUCAGACGCACACUUAAAGUAUCAAAGUUCAAAUCUCUGUCACUCAUAAUCCGAGAUUAAUUUAUAAUUGUGAGUAGUCUAAUAUCAGGGCUGAUUAAUGAAGAGUAUAGUUAAGUAGUUCAGAGCGUCUCUCACUAGUAUCCCAAACCAAUUCUUUUUGCCUUUAAAAAUACCAGCCAAUACUCUUAUCUUAGCAGACUGCUCCUCCUGGCCUCUGAUCCAGGUUCAUUUAACAGUCAUUUGUGGGGUCAGCCACCUGGAGUGACACGCAUAAGAAGCCAUUUCAGCUACUACAGAGCUAGCAUAUGCUACUCCGUUCAUUGUAAGACAGUCCAGACUGAGGAAGGCUGGGAAGCCCUGCAUUAACAUUUGUAAAAGAUGUUGAGGUUUAGAACCACUAGUAAUACAUACACUCACAGGAUAUAGAUCCUGAAAACUAAAAAGCAUUCUUAUUAAUUUUGUGGGCCUGGGGCUGUCUGGCAUGUAGCCUGACUCUAAUCUGAUGUGCCUGAGGUGACCAGGACACACAGGCCGCUGUGUGAGCAUGCAGGUGACUCGUCUGUGUUUCCAGAUUUUUCUCUGUUAUUCUCCUUUCCUGUUACUUCCUUUUGGCCGGAGGAUAAGCUGGCAGUCUGGCACUGCCGCUUCCCACGUGUCUCCUUCCUGCCAGUUUACUGGGGAGUGUUUAGGAGAAAAUCUGCCAAAAGCGUUCUUUUUCCCUCCCAGAUUAAAUACAUUACAUCUGCUUAACAUAUGCAGUCACUGCUGGGCCAGGGAAUCACACAGUAUUCAUUUGGGGGAAGGCACUAAGUCCUGGCUCUUCUGGGCUACAUCCUUGGAUUAAAAUACUGGCUAGAGCUACCAUUUACAGCCAAGUUAUCUCGAGAAAGUCACUUAAUUUUUCUGUUUUCUUCUCUAAAAAUUGAAGGCAAUACUUAACCUUGCAUGGUUUUGAUAGAUAUUGAGUGAUCUUAGAGCUGGCAAGAAGGAGCAAUAAAGGGAAUCAGGGACUCAAGAAUAGCACAGGUGUUAUUCAAGAACAGGCCUGUAGAGGGGCUAUAAAUAUAAAGCAAGACCCAUAGCCAGGGACCCACUACAAGGGUGGGCUAGUGGCAGGGUUAAAAGGAGACUGAAAUGCUUCCAUGUUCAACUUGUGGUCAGCCAUUGUGAGGGAGGUGUCUUAAAAACUGGGUGACUGGUACGUCUCUGGUUGCUAGCUAUUUCUAGGGUUAGGGGUCAGAGAGUGCAAGAAUCUAGACAAAUUAUUUUACUGCAUAAAUUGUUACUGUUUAAUCCAAAUGGUACAGCUUUCCAAAAUGACACGGUUCUAGUUAACAUUUCUGACUUGUUUGCACUAGCUAGGCAAAACAAAAACCAAACAAACAAAAAGCAAUAGAGGCAUAGCUGUUGCUCUUGUAACUUGUUCCUAGACAAGGGCCUCAGUAAGCAGGGGCUUUUGGAGCAGUCUUAGGCAUCAGAAAAUGUGAACUAUGCUUGCUGUUGGAAUGGCUUUUUGGUGGUGCCCUUGAUAAAGGAGUUCAGUUUCUUGAAUACAAAAUAGCCUAAAAAAAAAAAAAAAAAAAAAAAAAACCAAGAUGGCAGGGCCCGAAGACUACCGCAAAUAGGAGCGAGCCAGCCCUGGCAGUCAGCAUCCCAGGCUGGGUACCGCCCCCUAGAGUUGGAAUGUCAGCAAAGUUCAUUUGCUCAGGCUCAAAGGUUUUUUGGCUGCAUCUCAGACUGACGGCUCCAGAGUGGUUUAUACAGAAGUAGCAUUCUUCCUGGAAGAAGAGAGGUUCCUCCUUUCUUGGCAAAAAAUGAGGCCCAGAACAUUGCCCUUUUACAGAACACUUGCAAAUAAGGCCAUUUGAUUUAAGAAGAUGGUCAUUAUUUUUGUGAUAUCACUCCUGAAGAGAUGAGAACAAAUGUCAACUCACCCUAGAUAGGAAACUAAUGACAGAUCAAAGCACGGAUAACACCAAAGUCAAACUUGGUGAGCCAAUGAGUUUUACUGAGAUUAUUUACAGGGAUAUGGGCGAGGGAUUAGUUACAGGAACAGAAAUGACUCAAACAGCUGUGUUACCUCAACAUGAUGGAUCGGGUUCUGUCAUAGUGCCCCAGUUAGUAUGCGACUCUUCCAGUUUGUCUGGUUUUUCUUUGUUUAGGCAAUUUGGCUGCUCUCUCUGCUCCUUCCAGGAUGCCUGAAGGGUCUCUUUCUUCCAGGCUGCUGGGGCUGAGUCUCUUCGAAGCAGCUUUUCUGACGAUCUUCUUUGUAGCUUAGCUUGAAGAGAGACUCCCAGUAGUCUCUGCUGUUUCUAUACUUUUGGGGAAGGAGAGGAGUACUGAAUGGGGUCAGUUAAAGGGACUUCCUAAAGCCAUUUAGAGUUGUUUCCUUCCUGUUUGAAGGAGCUGCCCUGCAGAUGGAGAACUUCACCUCUUCUUAGAACAGCCCAUUGUUUCCCCUCUAUGUAAGCAUCAUUUCCUAAAAUAUCCUGUUGUUUCACCUCCCUUUCAUAUCCUAUGUCUGAAGAUAUUUCCUUCCAAGAUGGAAGGUUUUUGUUUUUUUUUUGUUUUGUUUUGUUUUGUUUUUUUGUUUUUUUGUUUUUGGUUUUUCGAGACAGGGUUUUUCUGUACAGCCCUGGCUGUCCUGGAACUCACUUUGUAGACCAGGCUGGCCUCGAACUCAGAAAUCCGCCUGCCUCCAAGAUGGAAGGUUUUAACCGUAGAGGAAACUGCUACACAACAGGUGGCUCUUCCUCUAGGGUAGUGGCCCUUAACUUUUGAAGUGAUGCAAGCCUUAAUACAUCUCUUCAUGUUAGGGUGACCUCCAAGCACAAAAUUACUUUGUUGCUACCUCAUAACUGUAAGUUUGUCAUUGUUAUGAACUGCAGUGUAAAUAUCUGAUAUGCAGAAUAUCUGAUAGGUGACUCCCGCCCCCAAAGGGUUGAGACCCACAGGAUCAGAACCAUUAGUGUGGGUAUCUUCAAGCUUUAAAAAGCUGUUGAUAAUAGAGACCUGAGUGAUUGAUGUGGGAGGGCCCAGUCCAUUCUGGGCAGUGCCACUCCUGAACUAGGGAGCAAGAGAAAGCAGGCCGAACAAGCCAUAGGGAGCAAGCAAGCCAGUAAGUUGUACUGUCCCAUGACUUCUGCCUUAGUUCAUGGUUUCAGGUUCCUAGCCUGGCUUCCCAGUGAUGGAGAGUGACUGACCUAAGAGUUGUAAGCUGAAAUAAGCCCUUUACUCCCUAGAUUACUUUUGGUCAUGGUGUUUUACCACAGCAAUGGAAACCCUAAGACAGAGAUUGCUACCAGGUGCAGGGGCUAUUGCUGUGCCAGAACUGACCACCCGUUUUCAGGAGAAAUGUGGUAUUUGAGAUUUUUGAUUAGAGGUCUGUUGUGGGAGCUAAGAGGAUAGACCUGAGUACAGAGCAGAUGGUGGCGCUUAGGAAGUUUGAGAGUCCCUUAAAGACUCCCUCAAGUCAUUGGAUAUUUUCAAUUAAGGAUUUCUGGUUCUAGCCAGUUGGGGGUGAAGAUUAAAAAAUAAGAACACAGCCAGUAAUGUAGACCCUGGUUAGCUGGAACUGAGACAGUUUGUGGAGAUUAAGAGGAGACUAGUAUCAUCAAAGUGAAAUCUGGGAGGCGUUUCCUCGGAGUCAGCAAACAGACGCUGCGGUCUUGGGUAGAGUGUAUGUGUGUGUCAGGGGUAGAGAGGACAACAAGACUGUACCUCCUACUGGCAGCUGAACUUGGUAAUGUGUAAGAUUCUCAGGUUGUACUGGUUCUGAAGGCAUAAGGUGUCACUGAGAGUAGCUGAAGCUUGACUGUGAGAGGCUAGGAGAGGACAUUGGUGAUGGUGCACUCUCAGUUGCCCUGGAAGUUCCAGGACUGGAGGGGUCAUGGAGAGAAUUUGAGGCCUUAGCUCCAUGGGGCAGAGUAAGAGUCCCUUAAGAGAGCCCAAAAGAGGCUAUUGGUAAAGGCACAGCCAAGUGGCAGUGGAGACCCUAGCAUUUUGGAAAUGAGUUCUAAGGACAGCAGCAACUGUACGGUGCAGCCAGCCUGAGCCUACAGCAGCUACGUGUGCUGCAGAUACCAGAGCUAGAGAUACAGAACCCUUUGAAACCUAGAUCUUCAAUCACGGACGUCAGGCAUUAGGCUGUUUACACUGUUGGGCUUUGGUUUUGCUAUGAUUUGAGUGUGACUAUGCCUGGUGUCUUCCCUUUAGAGUAAGAAAGUGUUUAACUUGUUUUUAUUUUAUAGGAACCCACAGAGGCUUUGGAUAUUUUAGAGGCUUUCAGUGGUGAGAUUUGGGGUUGGUUUUAUAAAGAGACUGAACUUUGAAAGGGCUUGAAUUUCUAAAGACUGUGGGACUCUAAAAGUUUGGAAUGUGUUUUAUAUUGAGGUAUUAGUAUUAGUAUGAGAUCUUAUGAAUGAAAAUGGCAGGAAGUAUAAUUGCCUGCUGAUGUGUUUGUAUGUGACAAGGGGUCAGCUGUACUGGGUUUUUGUUUGUUUGGGGCUUCUUUUCUGGACAUGAUGCAAGCUAAAGUUACCUUACAAGGGGAACGUCAAUUGAGAAAAUAUCUCCCUAAGAUUGGUCUGCAGGCAGGCCUAGCGAGGAUGCUGUCAUGAUUCCUUUUGGUCGUAGUUUGUCACAGCAUCAGAGAAGUAACAAAUACACCCAGUAAGAAAGUACUACUGCCUAAGGGCCCCCCUCCAUGCAUAUGUAUUUUUUGAGUAGUCCUUCCUCUCUUCUG